GGGGGGGAGGGGAGAAGGCUAGACGGAAAGAGACGAAUAAAGGGGUUCGUGCUCUCAAAUCCGAUCAAAGUUUUUCUAAUCCUGAGACAUCAAAUCGGGAAAUCGCCUAUCCUUCUUAUUUCAAGAUCUCUCCUUUUUAUUUCUUUUGCUGUACUGAUUCGCCUCCCCUGGGUUCUUCCCUGUUUCUCGUAUUCCUUGGGAAAUCCAUUUGAGUUCGGCUUUUUUUUUUUCCCUUCUUAAAUAGUAGUUCUCAACCGAUUUUAUCAAGCAGAUUCCAAAAUUACGCCUCGAAAAAUAUCUGCUUUGGCUUUAAAAUUUGAAAUUUAAACCAAAGUUUCGAUCUUUUUGAAUCGAAUUCCACCAGGGCAUGUAAGCUUUGAUCCAUGGCGAAGGGAAGCGACCGGGUCCGAUUCAUUGUGGGAGGCAAGAUCUUUGAGACCACUACCACCACUCUCGCCAGCGCCGGCCGCCACUCCAUGCUCGGCGCCCUCCUCGACGAUUCCUGGAAUCUCCGGCAGCCCGCAGCAGGCGUCGGCGUCGGCGGCGAGUACUUCAUCGACCGAAACCCCGCCUGCUUCGCCGUCCUUCUCGACCUCCUCCGCACCGGCGAGCUCCACGUGCCGCCCAAAGUCCCAGAGAGGCUCCUCUACCGCGAGGCCCUCUUCUACGGCCUCCUCGACCACGUCCGCGCCGCCCGGUGGGGCCCCUUCGAUGGCAACCUCCUCCGCCCCGCCGCCUCCGUUGCCGGCCGAGCCCCCGGUGACGGCACUGCCAUCCGCGCCGGCCCCGACGGCGGCUGCUGCGUCGCCCACGGCAGCAUGGUCCACGUCUACGACUGGAUGCUCGAAGAGCACCGCCCCAUCAGCCUCGACUACCAGCAGGUCAACGACGUCGGCUACCUCGACACCCAGAGCAUCGUCGUCACCGCCCGGGAGCGGCUCGGCAAGGGCGACGGUGGGAUGGGAUUGUUCUGCUCGUCGACCGGCGAGCUCCGUCAUCGGUUUCGAGUAGCCCACGACAACCAAGUUAAGAGUUUUACUGCUGGAGCUCUCAGCUUCAGCAGCUCAGACCACACGAUCUUUUCUAGUUGCAAGGGGAGGUGCAACGAGUAUGGAAUUGGUGUCUGGGAUCAGAACACAGGCCAGCAGGUAGAUUUCUUUUAUGAGCCGCCAGGUUGCCUUCUCGGCGACGCUGAUAAGCUCCAGUGGCUGGAUGGAAGCAAUUGCUUGAUGGUUGCCACACUGUUCCCAAGAACGGAUAACUGUUUCAUUGGUUUGUUGGACUUCAGGGAGAAGAGUGUGGUGUGGUCUUGGUCUGAUGCCGGAAUCACGACAUCUCUUGAUGAGAAGAGGGUCCUCCAUGCGAUUGCAAUGGAGGAUGGCCGGUCCAUUUGUGUAGUAAACCAGUAUGAGGACUUGGGUUUCAUGGAUUUAAGGAGCAAUGCAGGAGGGGUCAGGUGGAGCUCUAGAAGCAGGCUUAUGAACCGCAAGCUGCCCGCCGAGGAGAGCUGCUAUCCGAAGCUCGCAGCACAUGGCGGGCAGCUGUUCUCCUCCAUGAACGACAGCAUCUCGGUGUUCUGUGGACCUGAGUGGGUGUUAACAUCUUCGCUUCGGAGGAGCUACGGUGGUUCGAUCUGUGAUUUCUCGAUCGGUGGUGAUCGGUUGUUUGCUCUGCACAGCGACGAGAAUGUGUUCGAUGUGUGGGAGACGCCGCCUUCUCCGAUCAUCUACUAACCUUCAAUUGUAACUUCUUUUGCUUAGCAGAGACAAGGAAGAAAGGAUAAGAGUAGUGGUGUUGUUUGUGUGCCAUUCGUGAUCUUUUGUGACUUCUUAUAGCAUAAUUAAGCCAAGAGGAUCGAGGUGUAAUUAGUUU